CUGUGGGGUUUGCCCUACUGCAUUCUCCACUGAAAUCGAUGAGGAGAAGGCUCUGAAACGGAUACAGACAUGUCGGAUCCAGACUGCUGUCCAGAGAGAGAGAGUGAGACAUCCCUGCCACCCAGAGACUCUUAUCUGUUAGAAUCCCUAGAACACCUUUGAUUGAGUUUGGAAGCAUCUCUUGGCCUGAAUUAAAGUGCUAUGGAGCAACUUCUGAGUCCCAGCAACAUGAGUGAAGAAUCUCAUAAAAGUCAUAUACAUGACAGCCUGGAUGAGCUGAGAUGCCACUUUACCUGGGAGCUGGACAUAAAAGAUAAGCACAUCCAUGACUUAGAAAUCAAAAUCUCAGAGACUGAGUUCCGUGAUCCCAUCUACAGCAUCGGGAUGCACAACCUCCUGGCCUACGUGAGGCACCUGAAAGGCCAGCAGGACGAAGCCCUGCAGAGCUUGAAAGAAGCUGAAGCCUUGAUCCAGAGCGAGCAGCUGAGCAAGAGAAGCCUGGCGACCUGGGGCAACUGUGCCUGGCUGCAUUACCACAGGGGCAGCUUGGCAGAAGCCCAGGUCUACCUGGACAAGGUGGAGAAGGUGUGCAAGGAAUUUUCAAGUCCCUUCCGCUACAGGCUGGAGUGUGCUGAGAUGGACUGUGAGGAAGGCUGGGCCUUGCGGAAGUGUGGCUCACAAAAUUAUACACGAGCCAUGGCCUGCUUUGAAAGGGCUCUGAAAGUGGAGCCAGAAAACCCUGAGUACAACGCUGGCUAUGCAGAUGUAGCCUAUCACCUGGAUUACUAUGAUGGUAAUUCUCUACAACCCUUAAAGAAGGCUGUCAGUGUAAAACCAGAAGAUCCAUACCUUAAAGUUCUCCUUGCCCUAAAGCUGCAGGAUUUAAGAAAAACAGAUGAAGCAGAAAAACACAUUAAAGAAGCUACGCUCACAAUAUCCUCCCAGAACAAUAUCUUUGGAUAUGUAGCCAAAUUUUACCGAAGGAAAGGUUGUGUGGAGGAAGCUCUCGGGUUCCUUAAAAAAGCCUUGGAGACAAAACCUUCCUCUCCUUACUUGCAUUUCCAGAUUGGCCUUUGCCAUAAAACACAAUUUUUUCAAAUGAAAAAAGCUACAAGCAGGGAGAAUAGAAAAAGAGCAGACCAAUCAUGCCAUUUGGCUAUAUGUCAUUUUAAAAAGACUUUAGAGCUGAAACCCACAUAUGACAGAGCAUAUAUUGAUUUGGCUGAGGUGUACGCAAAAAAUCAUCAACAAAAAGAGGCAGAGGACAAUUUUCAGGAAGUGUUGAGCAUGAGUAACUUGGGAGAUUAUAUGCAGCAAGAAAUUCAUUUCCGGUAUGGCAACUUCCAACAAUACUAUAAGAAAUCAGAAGAGGCAGCCAUCACACAUUACUUAAAAGGCCUGAAAAUAGAGGUAACUUCUCACUACAGGGAUAAACUUCUCAAGGCUUUGGAGGAACUGGCUGAAGGACGCAAGGAGGAUCAUGUCCUGGAAAGCUUGAGCCUCCUUGGGCUCGUCUGCAGACUGAGAGGGGACACAAGUGAAGCCAUGUCAUGUUAUGAGAAGGCCCUGAGGCUCACAGGAGCAGUGAACCCUGAGUUUUGAGGUAGAGCUUCUUGUUAAGCGUGAGCAUGACUUCCUAUUCUACUAGUCUUUUCCAGCUGUUGCCUUAACUAUAUAGAACCCCAUGAAGCAAGAUACAUAUGAUGCCUUUUCUAUUGCUUGCUUUUCUACAGCCCUAAUUUAUUGUUGAGGGCCUAUGAGUGUGUGACAAGCGUGUCCAUUCUCCUGCCACACAUGCUGGACAUUUUCCUUAUGAGUGUGCCUUUGGAUUGCAUCUCCUAUAACAUCAGUCUUCCAGUACCCUGAUCAAAGGACACUUGACACAUUAAGGCUCAUUUUUCAUGGGAUCUUCCAAACUUCAGCAACUUCUGACAGCAAAAUAAAUGAGCAAUGGUGAGCAUUAAAAGGGAGAGGAAUUCAAGAUAUCUUUACAGUGUUUCAGUCCAUAGGCCCAUUUUCAUAGGCUUUACUGCAGCCAGAACCUGCUGGUCAAUGACCUCCACCCUAAUAAUCAAUGCAUCUUUUUGUAUACAAGUGGUUGAUUUCAGAUAAUUGUGGUGGAUUUCUGUGGUCUACAUAUAUUGGUCUUUAUUCACCACUAAGAAAGAUUUAAUGCUUCAGGAAGAUAGAAUAAAGCAGUAACUUCUGUGGGAUGUGCCAACAAAAAAAUGACAAAAUUGCUACCGGACAGUGUUCAGACUAUGAAGUGUUGUGUAAUAUCACCUUGUUGCUUUCCUAACCCUAUUAUAUUCGAUAAAAUCUGCUAAUAUCACAGACUUGUGAGUGUAUUUUUUUUUUUGGAACAUUAAGAUCUGUAUUCUAUGAUUGGAUGGAACCAGAGCACAGCAAAAUCAAACUGCAUAGGGUUAGGAGGGACAAAGCAAGGAAGCUCUGGGAAUAUACACACUACUGAACCUUAAAGAAUACAGGGGGAAAGAGAGAGGAGGUUAGACUAUGAGAAGGGUGUCUGAAAGACUCCUAAGAAGUUGUAUUAGUUACUCUCUAUGUAAAAUUCUUUAAUACCUGUAAGUCAGUGUGUGUCAUGCGCUCUGGUUGAGUCAGCUUAAGCCGAGAGGCUUAAAAGUCACUCAUGAGGCAAAGAGCUUCAAGGAAGCUCUCUUCCUGGAGUCUGGCGUUUCCUUUAACCCAUACAUUAAUUUUUCAUUCUUGAGUUAGUCUAGUGUAUGGAUCUACAUGCUUUCUUUUAGUAUUUUCCUAUUAUAAGUGCCUUUUAAGAUUAAAUUUUGACAUAGCUAAAGCCUUUUGUCAGUGUUCCAACAGUCUUAGAACGUCCUUGAGGAAGAUCAUGGGCUUAAAAUUUAGUAGGAAUGUUACUAAUCAGAAUAGCCUUUUGUACUAUACUAUCACUUUUAAUAAAAGCUAGGUCACUCCCUUACACAGGAAUUUACUAUCACUAGGAAGAAGGAAGUUUCAGACCAAAGGAGAAACCAGAAUAGAUACUUAGAACUAUAGCGAAGUUACACCCAUACACACGUAUUUACAAUGGCCUAAGGGGAAGGUAAACUAUAUAAUAGAGUAAAAUAGGAACUAUGGCAAAGGAGCAUAGCCCUUGACCCUGGCUUCUAAGAUUAGUGAAUCUUAGAUAGAGCCCUUGUUUAUCCCAGUUGUUAUCAAUAAAUUUUAUCCCAGGUAAUUUUCGUUAGACCUUUUGUGUUUGCAUUUCUCUGUUUUACGUAAGAUUCCAGUUACCUCAUUUGUACCUUGCAAAUAUGUCACCCAACUUCCUUAUUGUCUUCUACAUAAAAAGUCUAAUGCUUGAUUUAAAAAAUACAUUCAGAUCUAACAC